AUGUGUCCUACAGUGCAGUCCAGAGCAUUUAUCAAGCAUAAAAACCUAAGGUCAACCCACUCACGCUUUCUUCCAGAUUGUCUUUUACGAGGUUAAUUUACAGGGUGUCAUUAUGAGUGUGACAGCAACUGCACAGAACUCCCAUUCCUACCCACUGUAACUCCAUCCGUGUGGAGAGUGGUGCCUGGGUGGUCUACGAGAGGCCCAACUACAUGGGCUACCAGUAUGCUGAACUGUCUGAAUGGAGUGUACUGUAUGUUGUAUUAGAAGACAUAACACUUCACUUCAAUGCAAGGGGUAUGCUAUGCAGUGUGUAACUGUAAUUUCAUAGAUCAAUAGACAAACCAAGAAUAGCUCCUAUAGUGAUAGCAAAAGCGGUAUAAACAGGGCAUAUGCAGGAUAGGCAUAUUAGGCAUCCCAAUCCCAAUGAGACCAAGCACAGGACAGGACAGUGACAGUUCCCCCCGGUCCUCAGGGCUUGGCCAAUGGAGAUCAAUACCAGCUUAUAGCACUGAUCACACUGAUCGCUAUGGGCUGACCUAGUGCUGGCAGGCAGAAUCAGACAUACACUUCCACUGUAGAAUCAAUCCAUUUUGCAACUUUGACACAACAAUGCUGCAGAAUAUGGUGGUGGAUAUACUCUAUAACACAGGAAGCCAUAAACGGUGCAAACAGCAGAAGCAGGAGGAAAAAAUACAACAGGUAAUGUUAUAAAAAGAGACGUUUAGUUUCUCACGAUGGUCCUUUCAGUUUCGGACUCAAGAGUAUAAAAACAUUGUAAUGGUGAUGGAUCGGUAGACAAAUAGAUUUUUAGAUCGAACAGAACAUUGACAAAAACAGAACAAUACUUUACAAACCUUACAUCGUAGCCCCCAAAAUAAACAACAAGUUGUUGAGUAAGAAUCUCAUCUCCCUACAUAUCCCUCUUUCUCUUUCUCUUACCCCACAUCCCAUCCCCCUUCUUUCCCAAUCCCUUGCACUAACCCCUCGCCUCCAUCUCCCCUACUACCACCACCCCUCACCCCUCACCCCCAUCCCCACCACCCUCACACCUACCUCUGCAGAACAGUGGGACCCAGUACAAGAUGCAGCUGUAUGAGAAGGACGACUUUGCGGGCCAGUCCCGGAGACGUACGUUGGAGGGAGGUGUACUCCUGCAAGGUCCUGGAUGGCUGGUGGGUCUUCUACGAGCACUCCAACUACCGCGGACGCCAGUACUUCCUGGAUAAGGGAGAGUACAGGAAGCCUGGGGACUGGGGUGCAGUCAGCCCCACUGUCCAGUCCUUCAGAGGCUUCACUGAAUGAUCCUCCUGACCCCAACAACCUCAACCUCUUCUAUUAUCAUACAUAAUAUGGACUUUGAAUAACCCUAUUACUAUGAGUCCUAUCCUAUUACUGUGAGUCCUAUCCUAUUACU